AUGCACGCCCGCGAUUGGUUUUUAGUUUUCAUUGCAAUUUUCAUUCCUCCAUUAGCAGUUUGGUUGAAAAGAGGAUUUUUUACCAAGGAUCUGCUAAUUAAUUUUCUGUUAUUUUUACUAGGGAUCAUUCCUGGCCUGAUCCAUGCUUUGUAUGUGAUCAGCUGUCAUCCAUAUGAGGAGAGCGGUGCUCGAUACUCUCAGCUCUCUUCUGCAGAUGAUAACUAUGGUAGUUUAGCAUAA